AUGGUUCCGCAGAUAGACACGGCACUCACCUACAUGUUGGAACAAGUGGACAUACAUGUUUUCGGGGGCAGUGGAGCUGCAAGUCUUUCGUCCGUCUGCUUCUCCCUUUUACGCGCCCUGAUCGCGCUUGGAAUUUGUCUCUGGUUCUGUCUAGCUGCUAUUGAAACUGGAAAUCCGUAUCACUAUCUCUUCUCCGCAUUCUGGGCCCUGCAAGUGUCGCUCUGCUUCUUUCUCAGUCGUCUACCAUCCAACGUCAGUCUCUAUGCCACUCUUUUUCCAUGCUCUGUAACUGGAGAACAGUUCGGACAGCAGUUACGUCUCUUGGUCUCCGAGUUGUUUCAUGUUUCCUGUUUUUCACGAAUGAGACAUAAGUCAGCUGUUGGCGUUUCAUCCAGCUCUGGGCGUUCAAAACGCCGCUGUCGUCCUCGUUGGCCCUGGUCCAAAUCUCGCAAAUCGAAGAUUGGCUCUGUUGGAUCCACCCUGGAACCGGUGGUGUGGUGGAGAGCUUGGUUGCCUCUACUGUCUAAUGUGGGCGCAAAAACUACAUCUCGACUAAGCGCAUCCCAGACCGGAGUCACCGAACGACUGCUCAGCCAAACUGUGCAACCAACUGGGGAUGUUCCCAUCACUACUAAUCUGUUUCCUGUCUCUCCAGCGCCUGGGUUUGCCGCCCGAACAUUUAAAUCGUUCUCGUUCAAUGAGCUUACCAAAAGUGGCGAAGGACUCCUUUCUACUGCUAUGCAGCGGGAUCAUAUGAUCCCUAUUAGUCGCGUACACGGAGGCGGUUCCCUGCCAAUCGUUUCCGCACUACCCACACAAACCCAAGUACCUAGCGCCAGCAGUGAAUCAAACACACAGGUUGCACGUAUCGAUCCUUGUGUCCCAGAGAGGAUACAAGAUUUACAAUUAGAUGACCGGGUUUCAUCUACCUCAUCUGAUCGAGUCAGCAAAACCGCCCAGUCAGAAUGCUGCCGACCCACAAAUGACCUUGCAGAUCCCCAAAUUUCGGCCCCGACAGAGUUGUUUAAGAUUGAAUCUGAACCGCGCUUACCCGAUGUGAGUGUGGUUUGUCCUACUGAUCAAUGCGGGUCUGAUGUUCCAUUACCUUCCAAGUCCACUCUCAUUAUAUCCCUCGAUCAACAGCAACAGCAGCAAAACAGGAACACAUUGACAGAAAGCGAGGCAAGUUGCGAUGCAAAACAACCCGGUAUACCGCAGUCGAAUACUGACCCAUUACCUGAAUUGAUACGUACGGCUUUGACAGGUCGUUUGAAGAAUGACCUAAACUGUUGUAUCUUGUUGCUCGUGGUGGUCUCAGCUUUACACGCCAGUCCGCUUCUGAUGUACGCCGCCAAGGAACCCAUUGUCACACGGGCUAUUUUAUGGACAGUAGUACUUUGUGGCACUUUUCUGCAUUAUGUAUGGCCCAAUUUACGAAAGGUAAUUUGUUUGUUAUUGUUCACCACUGUAUGA